AGUAUUUUUACUCUUUGCGUGCGAGAAAGGCGAUAAAAAAGGGGGUAGCCCGAAGCGACGCGCUGCUGGGUUCAGAAGAAGGGUACGAGGUACUUUUUCUUUCUCUCCUUGUUCGUACACUCUGCCCCCUUCACGCCUCCUUAUCCUGGCGAGAGGGUUGAACGGUAAAAAAAAAUGGAGGCGGAUAGAUCCGGCGGAGGACCAAACCCGAACUCCGGAGUCGGCGGCGGCGGCGGAGCGGGGCGCAACCCGAACGGGCCCAAAGCAGCACCGGGACACGGGACGUCAGCCGCGGUGACCGGAGUGAUGGCGGCGGCGGCAGCCGGGGCCGUUCCCGGAUCGUCCCACGCUCGCGAGCUACAGGACGGGGACUCGGGAAUGACGCUUCCAGGGAUCCUUCACUUCAUCCAGUACGAGUGGGGACGCUUCCAGGCCGAGAAAUACCGCUGGGAGGCGGAGAGAGACGAACUCAGGGCUCAGGUGGCAUUCCUACAGGGUGAGAGGAAAGGGCAGGAGAAUAUGAAACAGGACCUGGUGAGGCGGAUCAAGAUGCUGGAGUAUGCCCUCAAACAAGAGCGGUCCAAGCAUCAGAAGCUGAAGACGGGAAACGACUUGAGUCCCGGAGACAAGAAACCAGAGACCGAAGCAGACCAAGUUCCCAACGGGCCGGCCGAGUCAGAGUCUGAGCCGGCCAAUCAAAUGUCUUGGAAGGAGGGACGUCAGCUACUACGGAAAUAUCUUGAAGAAGUGGGUUACUCAGACACCAUCCUGGACAUGCGAUCGAAGCGCGUGCGCUCGCUGCUCGGGCGGAGCAGCCCCGAAGCUAACGGGCCUCCACCCAGUGAAUGCGGUCCCGAGCCCGAGCAGCGAGGAAGUGGAGAGUCGUUGUUGGUCCGACAGAUAGAGGAACAAAUCAAGAGGAACGCGGGCAAGGAAAGCUCUAAGGAACGUCUGGGCGGCUCGGUGCUCGAUAAGAUCCCCUUCCUGCAUGGCUGCGAGGAUGACGAUGAGGAAGACAGCGACGAAGAGGAGGACUUCCAAGGCAUGGCCACCGACUGCAUCGACGGGCCGCGAAAGAACAAGAAGUCGCGUGUAAAGAUGGGUUCGGAGCCCAUGACGACAGACCUGGACCCGGAGGACGAGGAGGACGAAGACGACUCGGAAGACGCCCUCAGUGAAUUUGACUUCCUGGGCUCGGGGGAGGAUGGGGAGGGGGCGGGAGAGGCCCGGAUCUCGGGGGACGGACGGGAGUUAGAGAACCGCAGGAACAAGUUACAAGGCAUGAUGUCGGACUUCCCCCCUAAACCUACCCCGCCCCCCUCUGUAUCAGGACAGGCUCGCCCUGGAGAAGGUGGCUCCCUGGGAUUCUCCUCUGACGUCUUCAUCAUGGAUGCUGUCGGAGGAGGAGGAGACAUGAACCUCGGUGAACUGGCUGACCUCACUGUUGCCAAUGACAACGACCUCUCGAUGGAUAUGCAAGACAACCGGGACGAGUUUAAGAAGACGUGGAACCCGCGAUUCACACUUCGCAGCCACUUUGAUGCCAUCCGCGCUUUGACCUUCCACCCCAGUCAAGCGGUGCUGCUCACUGCCUCCGAAGACGGCACACUAAAGCUAUGGAACCUCAACAAGUCCAUGCACUCUAAAAAGAACGCAGCGCUGGAUGUUGAGCCCAUCUACACAUUCAGAGCACACAGUGGAGCCGUUCUGUCGCUGACCAUGGGCGAGGAUGGAGAAUCCUGCUACAGCGGGGGUCUGGAUGGAACCGUCCGAUGUUGGAAGAUGCCGGACCUCAAUGUGGAUCCCUACGAUAAUUAUGAUCCGGGCAUCGAGAGCAGCGUACUGGCCGGCCACGAGGACAGUGUGUGGGGUCUGACUUACUCCGCGGUCCACCAUCGUCUCGCCUCGUGCUCAGCCGAUGGCACCAUUCGCAUCUGGGACCCUCAGAACUCGGCUCCCUGCUUGUCCGUCUUCAACAAGGAGCGAGAGAAAGGAACGCCCACCUCAGUAGCCUUUGUGGCCACUGACCCCAACCAGGUGGUGGUGUCAUUCGAUGCGGGUGAGACGCUGCUCUACGACCUCAACACCGAGCAGAGCGUCGCUGCGCUAGAGACGCAGACCAAGGACGGGAGUGAGCUGAUCAACCGCGUGGUCAGUCACCCAUCUGAGGCCGUCUCCAUCACCGCACAUGAGAACCGCACCAUCCGCUUCCUAGACAACAAUACAGGUAAAGUUGUCCAUUCAAUGGUGGCUCACCUGGAUGCGGUCACCUGUCUCACUACGGAUCCUAAAGGCACUUACCUCAUCUCUGGAAGCCACGACUGCUCGGUGCGCCUGUGGAUGCUGGACAACAGGACGUGCGUGCAGGAGAUCACGGCGCACAGGAAGAAGCACGACGAGGCCAUCCAUGACGUGGCCUUCCACCCGUCACAGCCGUUCAUCGCCAGCGCCGGCGCAGAUGCACUUGCCAAGAUCUUUGUCUGACAGCACUGUCGUCAUUCCGAGACCUACAAAACAUCUGGGCUUAAAGAGACUGAAGACUACAGUGGACGUAUUUUGCUUGCUUACACAAAGAAAUACUCACAAACACACACAUAGACACACACACACACACACACACACACACACACACACAGAGUCCUGCACCCCACUGGCUGGGUCAUUGCCACAGGACGUCACCUCCUCAAAUCUUCACUCUUCUCUGAUGCCUCAGUGACUUCUUGUAAUACUAAUCACUGCUUUUUUAUAAGAAAAUCAAGCGCUGCUCCUUUUUUAAAUAAGCAUAUUUGGAGUAACACUUUUCUACACUACAAAAUUCCAUUCUGCUUUUUAUUCAUUUUACAAACCCUUAAUACAAACCACCUUGUGUGUGUGUGUGUGUGUGUGUGUGUGUGUGUGUGUGUGUGUGUGUGUGUGUGUGUGUGUGUAUAAAGAGGUGGUACACUACCCACAUGGAUAAACCACAAAGGAAACGCACCGCGCACAUGCACGCAUUUCAGUUGAGAUCUUCAUUUGGCAAAUGGCUUGUGACUAAAAUCCAUAUGACUAAUACGAGUUAUCUGUCCCAGUGACCAACCUCUUCAUUGGGAACCAAUGUAUUACAUUCCAAAGACUCCCAAGUAACGUGUGUGUGUGUGUGUGUGUGUGUGUGUGUGUGUGUGUUCAGGGUUGGAGAAUGUCAACUUUCGUGUGAUGUGAGGAACCAUUAGAUAGUGGCUAGCCCGUGUUAAACAAAUAGCUUUAAUUCUAACUUCACGGCCAAGUCUCGUUGUGUGUGUGUGUGUGUGUGUGUGUGUGUGUGUGAGUACUACAAUGUCCCCCCGAUGUCACUCUGCUGUACAAGACACAUUUCAACAAUCGCGGUCCAUUUCUACACGUGUGCAGUUUGAACACUGCGGACUGACGCUCUCGCGGCGCGCUAACCAGCUAAAGGUGUUUAUCGCAACUUGCAGCGAUGCCGGGCUGCUUGCUGUCAACAAGUGACACGGUCAAUUUGUGCUUUUUACUGUACAGAAGAGUGUGCGUGCGCGCGUCCAUUUAUGCACUAGUUGAAAUCACGGUGCUAUGACGGACCUCAUCAGGGACCUGUUUUUGUGUGAACGUGUGAGGAAGAGAGCGCGCCUUUCUCUCUUAUCGGGCUUAUUAAGGGAAUCUGCUUUUCAAAUGAGAUUUUAGUGGUUCGCUGUGGUCACAUUUUCAAAUGAACUGUUCGCGUCUUUCGUUACAGAGAUGUGAACGGCGUCGCCAUUGAUUGUGCGAGGGGCGUACGCGUAUCAUGAUGAUGAUUUUGCAGCCUGAAAACAUUUCCUCAGAUGAGAACGGUUCAGAUUGUCUUUUUCAUUUCAUCAAGUCGGUGCGAGGUUUUUAAAAAUUUUAUUUUUCAUGGAGGUGCAUGCUUCUGGCUCGUUUUUAUUUAUUUAGGCUUUCCAAAAAAAACACAAAAAAAACCUUUCGUACAGCUGUAUGUUGAGGGGAGGUUCCCUCGCCUUGUCUUUGAUCAGUUGCACAGUAGCACAUCUCCCCCGAGAGCCAAUGAUGUGACGCUGGUCUCCUCUUUUUGAAGAGGUACGGAUGAAUGAGAGAAAGAAAAGAAGGGUCCAUUUUUAAGUUCAGCCACUUUUGCCAUUUCAAAAAGAAAAGCGAAAAAAUACAAGAAAGAAUUGAUUUAAAGAUGGUUGGGUGUCUGUUAAUAUUAACAUAAGUCCACACCUGUCCGGUCCCCCGGAUCCCUUUACGGUUUCAAACACCUCACACGCAUCUCCCUCUGCGUCCCGCGUUUAUACUGACCUCACUUCAAAUUACCCGUCCCUAGUAAUUGUGAAAAGUUUUACCUCGAGCAGGCUGAAUCUGGUUAACGGGACCCCCAAGAAUACAGUCCUACGAGUCCUACUCGUGGUUUAGAAGUCGUAUCUAAGGGUCCAAAGUCGCCGAGAUGUAAACAACUCUUUCCAAAUGACUGCAGACACGAGCCUUCGUGGUUUUGAAUUUUUUUGUAAACAGGAUGGGAGACUUUUCCGGAACUACAUUAUUGUGCUGCCUCUGGACAUGACAUCCUGUUAUCACAUUUCAACUACUAUCUGGCUCCACUUUGCACUACAUUUAGUCGUGGAUGGUUGCUGUGAGGAGUGGUCACAGACAGGGUGCUCAAAUAAUGAUACAAUCUGAUGAGAAUUAAUGAAAAACUGCUGUGCUGAGCAGUUAUUUCAUAGUGGGAGAUGCUGAGUACAGACAAAUCCGUAUGACUCAUCUAAAAGAAUAACUAAAUUAAAACAGGGGUUGUACAUGAUGACUAAAGAUGCCAUUACAUGAUGUAAAUGUCCAUCAUUUCCUUGUUUUCUUUCUUGCAUUUAUUUUCUUUGGUUAUGAAUAUGGUUAAUAAGAUGUAAGAAUACUGUAGUAUCAUAAGUGGAUCAUUCUUCCUUGCUAGGCUUAGAACUUGCUUGUGAUUGAUAAUGGAAAUGUAUAACUUGUAAAAAAAAAAAAAAAAGAUAAAAAAACAUCAAAAAUGAAAGAAAAAAAAAAGUAAAAAAUCAGUUACCAGUCAGAAGCCAAGGUAAAGGACUCAUUUCUUUGUUUUUAUUUUUUUAUUCGCAAUUUAUCACUGUGUGAUAUUUUGUACAUCAUAUUACGCUGUAUUCAAACUAUUUCCUCUAACUACAAGGGAUAAGAGACCUGCAUUCUAUACAUUUUGUUUUAUUAAAUAUUUUUUAACUGCAUUCUAGCUUGUAUCAAAUGACUUUCUUUUUUGUUUACGGGUCCCCUGUUGUAUGUCAUUAUGGAAGGAAAAAAACACAAAAAAUGAAGAUUUUGUAAAGUGAA